AUGGCUUCGAAUGGAAACGAAAUGAACGGAACUGCCAACCAUGCGUUGGACAUUACAGUUCUGGGAUUAAACAGCGGAACAUCAAUGGAUGGCAUUGACUGUGCCCUCUGUCGCUUUCGCCAGGAAACCCCCGAGUCUCCUAUGCACUUCGAAUUGCUCAAGUAUGGAGAAAUCCCACUGGAGCCUGUGAUCAAGAAACGAGUCAUGAAUAUGAUCCUGCACAACAAGACCUCCCCGUCUGAAUUGUCCGAAGUGAACGUCAUUCUGGGCGAGACCUUCGCAUCGGCCGUGCAUCAGUUCUGCGCCGAGCACAAUGUCGACAUCAAGACAAUCGACGUCCUGGGCUCCCACGGCCAAACCAUCUGGCUGCUCUCCAUGCCCGAGGCUGGUGAGACCCGCAGCGCUCUGACAAUGGCAGAGGGCACCUUCCUCUCCUCGCGCACUGGCAUCACCUCGGUUACAGAUUUCCGGGUCAGUGAUCAAGCCGCUGGACGUCAGGGCGCACCCCUCAUUGCCUUCUUCGACGCGCUAGUGCUGCACCACCCCACCAAGCUGCGUGCCUGCCAGAACAUCGGCGGAAUCGCUAAUGUCUGCUUCGUCCUGCCGGACAGCCACGGCGGUGUGGACGCCUGUUAUGAUUUCGACACCGGUCCCGGAAAUGUCUUUAUCGACGCCGUUGUCCGCCACUACACUAAUGGAGAGCGUGAGUACGACAGAGAUGGUGAGAUGGGUGCCCGCGGUACCGUCGACCAGGAGCUCGUCGAUGAUUUCCUGACCCACCCUUAUUUUGCACUCGAGCCCCCUAAGACGACAGGCCGUGAAGUGUUCCGCGACACCCUCGCCCACGAAUUGAUCGUUAAGGCCGAAGCCAAGGGCCUCAAGCCCGACGACGUCGUCGCUACCAUCACCCGCGUCACCGCCCAGGCCAUUGUCGACCACUACCGCCGCUACGCCCCGAAGGACCUCGAGAUCGCCGAGAUCUUCAUGUGCGGCGGCGGCGCCUACAACCCCAACAUUACCGCCUUCAUCCAGGAGAACUACCCCAACACCCGUAUUCUCAUGCUCGACGAGGCUGGUAUCCCUGGUGGCGCUAAGGAGGCCAUCACUUUCGCUUGGCAGGGUAUGGAGGCCGUGGUGGGUCGCUCCAUUCCUGUCCCCACCCGCGUCGAGACUCGUCAGGAGUAUGUUCUUGGUAAGGUGUCUCCUGGCAAGAACUACCGUAACGUGAUGCGCCAGGGUAUGCUGUUCGGCGCUGGUCGUGACCACUUAUCCCCCGUCAAGGAGAUGGUCAACUAUGUCGACGGCAAGGUUUUCGAUAACAAGUGGUAA